UCAGUAGUUUGUUUGUUGCUCCUUAUAACCGUAUUAUUGCAGAAGGGUUGGAGAAAAAUAUAGAAAAAAAUUCUUAAAUUAGUAGUGUUCUUAUCCAGAGAUCUCAUCGGAUAAUGGCCGUCGAACUCGUUGGAGGGGCCGCUUUGAGUUUGGCGUUUGAUAAAUUUUCCUCUGCUCUUGUUUCCAAUAGCCGGAAAAUUGCGGAGUUCAGCUCACACGUUGAUACAUUGAAAUCAACCAUUUCAGAGAUUAAGCCGAUUGUUGAAGACAUAGAGGAGCUCGAUAGGCUUACCCAAGCCCGGCGAUACGAAACGGAUAUGCUUAUCAAACGGCUCGAUGACUGCGAAGCACUUAUCGACAAGUGCUCGAAACUUAAACCGCACGAUCUCCGCAGUUUAUGGAAGAAGUUUCGGUACUCGAGGAAGAUGGAGAAAUUGGAGAAAUCGCUUUCGAGGUUCUUCAAGUAUAGUGUCCCAAUGAUGAAUUUAAGGGAUAACAAGCAAAUUAUGGCGAAGAUGAAUGUUGUGGAUGAUAAAAUAGACACGUUACUUCGGCAUCGCCAGAAUUCUGAAUCCUCUUCUGGUGGACCAACUGCUAUUGUCACUCCCAGUGCAUUUUCUGGGUGGAGUGAUGCCCCGGCUGUCCUUGAUGUCGUUGUGGGAUUGGAUGUUCCGCUUCAGGAAUUGAAGAAGAUGGUGCUUAAGGUUGAGGAUGAUGAAUCUGUGCUGGUCAUCUCGGCUCCUGGGGGUUGCGGCAAGACGACUCUAGCGAAAAUGCUCUGCCACGACCUAGAAAUUACAGCUAAAUACAAGCACAUCUCCUUUGUCACUGUUUCAAGAACGCCAAACCUCAGAAACAUUGUUCAGAAAAUUUUUAACAAGUUAAACAAUGGAUUGGUGCCACACUUUCAAAGUAAUGAAGAUGCAAUCAACCAAUUGCAACAUCUACUACAUAGGCAUUUAGUUUCCGAUUUGAAGUUGCUGGUCCUGGAUGACGUGUGGCCAGAAAUCCCAGAAUCACUUUCAGUUCUUCAGAAACUCAUCUUUUCCGUACCAAAAUACAAAGUUUUGGUUACAACAAGAUUCGAAUGCCCACGGUUUAAAUAUACAUAUAAAUUGCAACUGUUGCCUGAUAAUGAUGCAAUGGUUCUAUUUUGCAACUAUGCCUUUGAAGGUGGGAAAUGUAGUGUUCAAAGCAAUCUUGUGGAUAAGGUGGUAAAAAGCUGUGGAGGAUUCCCAUUGGCUCUUAAAGUUGUAGGAAGAUCUUUGUACGGACAACAUAAGUGUAAUUGGAUAAAUAUAUUCAAGAAGCAGUCUAAGGGUCAAAUCCUCUUUACUUCAGAUAGAGAUCUGCUUGAUUGUCUCCAACCCAGCAUUGAUGCCUUGGAUGAAAAUUCGAAAGAAUGUUACAAAGAUCUGGGAGUAUUUCUUGAAGAUCAAAGAAUACCAGCAGCUGUGCUUUUGGACAUUUGGGUGGAACUUUACAACCUUGAUGAAGAUGGUUUUGAAACUUAUGAUAUCCUCUUCAAGCUUGCUGCUCGCAACCUGGUAGAUCUUGCCUUUAGAAGAAAAGAUGAUCCUGCCACUGUUGGCUUCUCUAAUGUAGUAGACUAUGUCAGACAACAUGAUGUGCUAAGAGAACUGGCUAUCCACCAGAGUGCCAAUGAAGCCAUAGAAAAUCGAAGGAGAUUAAAUAUUGGGGAUGACUUGUCUGUACAGCAGCUUAAGCAAACAAGACUACUGCUUCAAGCCCAUAUGUUAUCCAUCUCUACAGAUGAAGCAUUAUUCCCCAGUGUGCAUGACUUGCAAUUUCCAAAUCUUGAAGUACUGUUGUUGAAUAUUCAAACAAGUUCUUAUACCUUACCCAAAUUUCUGGAGAAAUCAAGCCAUCUGAAGGUUCUUGUUAUCACGAAUUCUGGUUUCUUCCCAAUCAUGUUUAGUAACUCUACUCUGCUUGGUCAUUUGCACAACUUAAAGAGAAUUAGGUUGGAACGUAUAUCCUUUUCUUCCAUCUGUCAAUCAACUUUCAAGUUGGGAAAUUUGCAGAAGAUGUCAUUGGUCAUGUGUGAGAUUGGGGAUGCAUUUCAGGAUUGUGUCGUUCGGAUGCCAAACCUUCUUGAAAUUAAUAUCGAAUACUGUGAUGACUUAGUAGUAUUGCCAGUUGCAAUAUGUGAUCUUGUCCAUCUUAAGAGGCUUAUCAUCCGUUACUGUCAACGACUAGUUGAUAUCCCUGAAGAAUUAGGAAACUUGGAGAACUUGGAAGUUCUAAUGCUUCACUCUUGUUCAAGCCUGACAAGAUUACCGGAUUCAAUUGAAAGGCUCUGCAAACUAAAUUUCCUUGAUAUAUUCGACUGUGUGGAUUUGGACCGCAUUCCUCUAACCAUUGGCAAAUUGUGUUCUUUAAAGACCAUCUUUAUGGGAGGUCAUCAAGGACUAAAUGAGCUGCCCCAUACAGUGCUGGACCUUGUGCAAUUAGAAUCUGUCAUAUGCGAUGAGGAAACAACCUGUUUAUGGGAAAAUUAUGAAGACAGUUUGAAAAAUCUAAGGGUUAGCAUUGUAAAGGAUGAGAUGAAUUUGAAUUGGCUCCACAAAUACUCAAUGCAAAGAUGAUGUACUGUCCAAAUUUUCAUAAGGGCAUUAACAAAUUUGUGCUCCAGAGUAGAAGGACAGUGAAAGGUGCUAAUUUCUCUUAAUUUUAGUUUAGUGCACAAGUUGCUUGAGUUUUGGUAAAGAAUGAACUGAAUUGUGUGCGUCCUAAUUGGUUAAUAGGUGCUGUGGAGUCAUUGUUGGAGCAAUUGGCGCUUAAACAGGGUGAUUUGUUGUAGUUUAAGUGAUCUUUUGUUAGUUUUAACAUAGAACUUAGUGUAUUUUAUCUCUCUAGAAACAUAGGUUAGUUUAGUUCACAAACUCCUACCAAUUUCAUUUUUAGAUCAAUAAUUUAGCAAAGAUUGUGCUUCAAUUCAAGAUUGUAGCUCCAAAUUACAUUGGAUCAAGGCUAAGUUCUCUUCAAAUACUUCAA